AUGAGACUCAACGCUUUUGCUGCCGCGGCCAUCCUGGCCUAUGGCGCCUAUGCUGAUGACGCUCAGAAGGUCAUCAAGGAGGAGAGCUCGUCCACUGUAGCCGAGUCCUCCUCCUCUGUAGCAGCUUCGCUGCCCACCUUCACCCCUACCAACAUCAAGGGAGACUUCGUUGAGCAGUUCACCGAUGACUGGGAGAAGCGGUGGAAGCCUUCCCACGCCAAGAAGGACAUGAAGGGUUCCGGCAAGGACGAGGAGGAGUGGGCUUAUGUCGGUGAAUGGGCCGUUGAGGAGCCCAUCAUCUACAAGGGAAUGGAGGGCGACAAGGGUCUUGUUGUCAAGAACGCUGCCGCUCACCACGCCAUCUCGGCCAAGUUCCCCAAGAAGAUUGAUAACAAGGGUAAGACCCUCGUUGUUCAGUAUGAGGUCAAGCUCCAGAAUGGCCUUGACUGUGGUGGUGCCUACAUGAAGCUCCUGCGCGAGAACAAGGCUCUCCACCAGGAGGAGUUCGCCAACACCACCCCGUACGUGAUCAUGUUCGGUCCUGACAAGUGCGGCCACACCAACAAGGUGCACUUCAUCUUCAACCACAAGAACCCCAAGACUGGCGAGUAUGAGGAGAAGCACCUUUCUGCUCCUCCCACUGCUCGCAUCGUCAAGACCACCGAGCUCUACACCCUGAUUGUUCAUCCGAACAACACCUUCAUCAUUGAGCAGAAUGGCGAGCAGGUCAAGACCGGCAGCCUUCUGGAGGACUUCUCUCCCUCCGUCAACCCCGAGAAGGAGAUUGACGACCCGAAGGACAAGAAGCCUGAUGACUGGGUUGACGAGGCUCGUAUCGCCGACCCUGAGGCCAGCAAGCCUGAGGACUGGGACGAGGAUGCCCCGUACGAGAUUGUCGACGAGGAGGCUACCAUCCCUGAGGACUGGCUCGUUGACGAGCCCCUCACCGUCCCCGAUCCGGAGUCCCAGAAGCCCGAAGACUGGGAUGACGAGGAGGAUGGUGACUGGGUCCCCCCUACUGUCCCCAACCCCAAGUGCGGUGAUGUCUCUGGAUGUGGCCCGUGGACCAAGCCCAUGAAGAAGAACCCCGAUUACAAGGGCAAGUGGACUGCGCCCUUCAUUGACAACCCGGCCUACAAGGGACCUUGGGCUCCUCGCAAGAUCAAGAACCCCGACUACUUUGAGGACAAGACCCCUGCCAACUUCGAGCCUAUGGGCGCUAUCGGUUUCGAGAUCUGGACCAUGCAGAACAACAUCCUGUUUGACAACAUCUACAUUGGCCAUUCUGUUGAGGACGCCAAGAAGCUCGCCCAGGAGACUUUCUUCGAGAAGCACCCUCUUGAGCAGCUGGCCGAGGCCGCUGACAAGCCUAAGGAGGAGGAGAAGCCCAAGUCUCCCUCUGACCUCAAGUUCCUGGACGACCCCGUCUUCUACAUCAAGGAGAAGCUUGAUCUCUUCCUUACCAUCGCCGCCAGGGACCCCAUCCAAGCUGUCAAGUUUGUUCCUGAGAUUGCUGGUGGUAUUGCCGCCAUCUUCAUCACUCUGGUCGCUGGUCUCGCCGCUGUCAUCGGCCUGGGUGGUUCCGCCGCCCCGGCCGCCAAGAAGGUGGCCACUGAUGCCAAGGAGAAGGCCAAGGACGUCAAGGACAAGGUCGCCCAGGCUGCCUCAACCGGUGCCGAGGCCGCAAAAGACACCGCUACCAAGCGCACAACCCGCAGUCAGUCUUAA